AUGGCUUUCAAGACACUCGGUGCCAAAGCUGCUGCUGCUCUCGAUCAAGAGCUCAUGAGCAGUGGUGCAUUUUCGCUCGAUCAACUCAUGGAGCUAGCUGGACUUGCCGUUUCUCAAGCUGUUUAUCGUUUGCAGCCACUCGAGAGUGGCCGCAGGGUCCUUGUUGCCUGCGGGCCCGGAAACAAUGGCGGUGAUGGACUGGUAGCUGCUCGUCAUCUUCGUCAGUACGGCUACAGACCGACCGUUUUCUAUCCGAAGCGAAGCAAAAACGACCUUUAUCAGCGACUCGCAAAACAACUAGAAGACCUCGAAGUCCCUUUCGUGGACGACUUCUCCUCGGCACUGAACUCAACGGAUCAUAUUGUCGACGCGAUCUUUGGCUUCAGCUUCUCAGGUGAAGUCAGAGAGCCAUUUCCUGCGGUAAUUCAAGCUCUUCAAGACACCAAACUGCCGGUCACAUCGGUUGAUGCCCCUUCAUCGUGGGAUAUCGAAGAUGGUCCACCGAAAUCCGGACUUGGCAGCUCCUUCAUGCCUACAGCACUUAUUAGCCUAACGGCACCGAAGCCUCUAGUGAAGCAUUUCAAAGGUCGUCACUUUAUCGGUGGACGUUUCGUAACUCCAUCCAUUGCGAAGAAAUUUGACUUCGAAGUUCCGGAGUACAAAGGUAUCGACCAAGUGGUGGAAGUUUGA